ACGCAUGCGACGGCAACAGCGACGUCGGCCGUUCUCGCUCACCCCAUCCAUGCACAACCAUCAUCCGAGUUGCAACAACCUUCUUUCUUCGCCGCUCCCACCGCCUCGGAAGUCGAAGCCCCUCAAAUCACAGAUCAACCGCGAUUCGUAGAUGAAGGCACCGAUCCUCUACCGCCAACACCGCUCGAGAUGCCUUCUCCUGCAUUCGUUCGCCGCGAGACGACCGAGCCCAUAGGCCCCUCUACCGACUUGCCCACUCCGAUGCCCACGACGCCUGGCUUUGGCCCUCCCAGCGGUCCUGUCAUUACGAUAAAUUUGCUGCUGAGCAGCACUGGUACACGCCAUCCCUACCGUAUAGAUCAGAAGUAUCUGACAAAGCGCAAUGUCACGGCCGAGAACGAGACUGGUGAAUUCGAUCCUUUCGUCAUCAGCGUCUAUACUUUGAAAGAGCUGAUCUGGCGAGACUGGAGAGAAGCAAUUCGAUUAAUCCACUUUGGACGUUUCCUCGACGACAAACUACCGCUCAAAGAAUGUCGAUUCAGCGACUCUGCACCAAAUGUCGUACAUAUGAGCGUCAAACCCCAGGAAGUCAUCGACGACGAAGAGAAUGCAAAGUCAGCAAAGGGCAAAAGCAGCGGUGGUGGCGGUGUCAGGCCUCGCUCGCGGGGCGAUGGUGACGAGCCAACAGCUGGCUGCCGAUGCAUCAUCCAG